GGUCGCAUACGCUUCGAACUUUCUUCGUUACAUUCCUUAUCAGAAAACCACCUUGGCUUUCUUCCCUCAACAAACCGAAACCGAUAUCCACUUAUGAGUGCACGUAUCGCAUCACCUGAUUUGUCCGAUCAUGAGGCAACCGCCCCAGAAGCCGCCUCUUCGGACAAGGAGCUUGUCUGGGCUACAGAGAAUGAAGAAUUAUUGGAAGAAUUUAAGCUUGGGACGGAGGAGCUAGAGCUAUCGCAUGCCAGGAUCCGUACUUUACGUGGAUUCGACCGACACUUGGCUCGGCUCUCUCCCUCUCUCAAAAAAGUCAACUUGAGGCAAAACCUGAUCAACGCACUCUGUGUACAAUCUCGGUUGGAAGCCAAGAUCAUAGAGCUACCUGAUGGAGAUGAAACGACUACCAAGGCUGAAGAAGCUACAACUGAACCAGAAUUUAUAUGUCCCUUGGAGCGAUUAACAGCCCUCGAAGAACUUGAUCUAUAUGACAAUCAGUUGAGCAAAAUUGAAGGACUCACGGGACUCAGUGCGCUCCAGUCCUUGGAUCUGAGUUUUAACCUUCUGCGGAAGAUCACCAACUUGGAAAGCUUAACCUCAUUGAAGAUCCUUUAUCUCAUACAAAACAAGAUCUCCACCAUCGAAGGACUCGAGCACCUAUCGUCGACCUUGACAAGUGUUGAGCUGGGCAGCAACCGAAUUCGGCGCAUCUCUAACCUCGCUGCUUUAACCAACUUGACAGAGCUCUGGCUUGGUAAGAAUAAGAUCACGAAGCUUGAAGGCUUAUCCACGCUGGUCAAUUUGAAAACGCUGUCAAUACAAUCAAAUCGUAUCGUUCAGCUGGAAGGGCUCGAAGAGUUGUCGAACCUAGAGGAGCUGUAUAUCAGUCACAAUGGCUUGACAAAAAUUGGAGAUGGAUUAGCGAAGAAUAUAAAUCUACGAGUCUUGGACAUUGCAGCUAAUCGCAUUGACGAUUUACAUGGAAUCGAAUGUUUGACUAAACUUGAAGAAUUAUGGGCAAACAAUAACCAAUUGACAGUUUUGGCUUUCAAUACCAUCUCGCCCUCAUUAUCUGAAUCUUGUAUGCCGAAUUUGACAACGGUGUAUCUUGAAGGUAACCCCCUACAAGCCGACAUGGGUGCCAAUUAUCGUCGGAAGAUCAAGCUGGCAUGUCCGCAAAUCAGCCAAAUCGAUGCAACAUUUGCCAAGUAAAUAAAUGACGAUAAGACUUGUAUCACUAUUUCGUAAAAAAAUAACACCAUCACAACCUGAUGGAACUUUUGUUUGAGCCUUGCGAGUAAAAAGCGUUCAUUUCACCUUCUCUC